AUGUCCGAGGAGUUCAGGAAGGCGAUCCUGAACCGCCUUGCACCGCCAACGAAGGCUCCGUGGGCCGAAGAUGAUGAGGAGGAGGAGCUGGCUGAUGAGCUCGGCGAGCUCGGCGGCGCGAGCGCCACGAAGAAGGCGACGAUUGAGCCACUCUCGGCAUCUGAAUUCUUCUCUCAGGCGCUCGAGAUCAACCCGCCAGGGAACGACACGACGUUCCGCGCGUACAUGACUCCGCCGAAGGCCGUCCCUCCAUCCCCCGGACGGCCUGCCGCCUCGACGUCUUCCCUUAAGCAGCCGAAUCCCGGAGGUGGCUUCAACCCCACGCAAGCGCCCUGGGCUUCGAACGCUGUGAGCCCCGGUGCCUCGGUCCCCGCAACACUACCCCCAAGCGCCCCAGCCACCUUCCCCGGCAAGCUUCCCUCCGCUAUGGCCACUUCGGGCUCGGCGCCGGGCAUGGGUUCGGUGACGGCGCCAGGACAGAGCCGCAACCCUCACGGAACGUAUUUCGUCAUGCACCACGGGGCGGGCGCAAGUGGACUCAGCUUUGCGGCGCUUGCGAAGGAGAUCGCGGCACGAGGACCAGAGUAUGGCGUGCUUUCGUUCGACUGCAGGGGCCAUGGGAAGACGCGCACCGAGGGAGCCGCCGGGCGGGAUACGGAUCUCAGCCUGCCUACGCUGAUCAACGAUCUGACGGGUAUUAUCAGGCAUACGUUCCCGGACCCGAAGACGGCGCCGAGUCUUAUCCUCGUCGGACACUCGAUGGGCGCAGCGCCGUGCAUUGACGCGGCCCCGCUGCUGCAGAAGGAGGGCUACACCGUGGCGGGCGUUGCAGCGCUGGACAUUGUCGAGGGAACCGCCGUCGAAUCGCUCCCGCUCAUGAAGAACAUUCUCUCAAAGCGGCCCCCGUCCUUCGGCUCGGUUCCCAGCGCGAUUCAGUGGCACCUCGAUUCGGGCAGCAUCCGGAACCCGACCUCUGCGCGUGUUUCCGUGCCCUCGUAUGUUGUGCCGAUGAACACACAAGAUAAGGAUGGGAAGCAGCGGUGGCGAACGGACCUCCUUGCGACGGAACCAUUCUGGCUCGGUUGGUACGAGGGCUUGUCGAAGCGGUUCUUGUCCUCAAGAUGCGCUCGCAUUCUCGUUUUGGCUGGCCAGGAGAGACUAGACAAUGACCUCAUCGUCGGCCAGAUGCAGGGCAAGUUCCAGCUCGAAGUCAUGACGGACGUAGGCCACUUUCUGCACGAAGACGACCCCGCGACGCUGGCGACGACGCUCGUCAACUUUGCCCGCAGGAAUACACAGGUCCUCGUUCUCCCACCCAAGAUUGGCCAGCCGACGUCCAAACCUGUCGAGGUGAAACAUGUGGGCGAGACGUAG